UCCGCUCCGCUGGAAAUUACAGAGACGAGCGAGACGAAGUAGAAAUGCGAGACUAGCUCUAGGGUUUACUACACUCUCCUCUCCUCUCCUCUCCGGCGAGGUCGAGCGGCGGCGGCGGCGGCGGCGGCUCUGGUCUAUUCUCUAUCUCCUCCGACCGAAUCUACGGUCGUGCUCAAGGAAGCUGAAUUUGGUCUGUUCGAUGGAGGACCUACCAGAGGCUCUGGUGACAGAGAUUCUCAACAGGAUCACCAGGACAAGUGAUCUCAAUUCUCUUUCCCUUGUGUCAAAGCAGCUCUACAAGAUAGAGGGGAAUCAGAGGGGUGCUAUCCGUGUUGGUUCCGGCCUUUGCACCGCUACAAAAGCACUGACAUCAUUGUGCGCCCGCUUCCCAAAUCUGCGGAAAGUGGAAAUCGAUUACUCUGGUUGGACACCUGGACAUGGAAAGCAGCUGGACAACAAAGGCCUUUCUGUGUUUUCUUUAUCUUGCUGUUCCUCGCUGGUUGACCUCACCUCAUGCAUCGAUGACUCUGGGCUUGGUUGCUUAGCGAAUUGCAAGAAAUUGGUGUCUCUCAGGCUGAACUCCACACCACAAAUAACUUCGAUUGGGCUUUUCUCGGUUGCAGUUGGUUGCACAAGUCUAUCUGCUCUCCACCUUAUUGGCUGCGAGAAAAUCGACAGUGUGGAGUGGCUGGAAUACCUUGGUAGGGAUGGAUCAUUGGAAGAGCUUGUAGUGAAGAAUUGCAAAGGAAUCAAUCAUCAUGACUUCAUAAAGUUUGGUUCAGGAUGGAUGAAGCUCCAGAAGUUUGAGUUUGAGGGCAACAGAGGAGGAUAUGAUAGUCUUACAGAUGAUGUGGUCUAUGACUCCUCGUACGAUGCUCACAGCAUGGAUUUGUAUGAUUUCUACUGUGAGAGUUUGAAGGAUUUAAGGUUGGCACGUAUUAAAACUUGGCCGGAAGUAGGACUUCGUGUUGUCCUAGGGAAAUGUAAAGCAUUGGAGAAGCUUUGCCUUGAGUAUGUUUCUGCCCUAAAUGACAAUGACAUGAUUGCAUUAUCUCGGAGCUGCAGCAACCUUAAAAGCAUCUCACUUUGGCUCAACCUGCAGCACUACUCUAGUGAUGUCAGCUAUUGUGAAACCAGGACGUCAUUUACUGAUAACAGCCUUUACACUCUAGCCCUAAACUGCCGUAUGCUUCAGAUGGUAGACCUCAGCUUUACAGGAUGUUCCCCUGACUGGCCAUCAGAAAUAGGAUUCACACAGCAGGGUUUUCUGGCACUCAUUCAGUCCUGCCCGAUUCGUGUUCUUGUGCUAAAUACCGUCAACUUCUUUGAUGACGAGGGGAUGAAGGGCCUCUCAUCCUACCACAUCUGGAGACACUUCAGCUUAUAUUGUGUCAUGCGGUAACUGAUGCUGGGAUGCGCUUCAUUGCGCACACCCCAGGCUUGAGUAAUCUCACACUUCGGUUGUGUCAAUACAUUACUGAUGUUGGAGUGGCUGAACUGAGUCGUGCACAGUCUUUGGUCACUGAGUGUUGUGGUGAGGUUUCUCUGGAAGCUGCGCAGGGUGUUGCCAAG